AUGGCCCCGCCAUUCCCGCGCGCGAGCAUAGAGCUCGACUAUCCCCUCUACGCCGUUGACUUUGACCCUGAGGACUCUACUCGCUUGGUAGUUGGAGGUGGAGGUGGAGCUGGUCGAUCUGGAGUUGGAAACAAGAUUACUGUUCUCGAGACCCUGUCACAGCAAGAGCUCCGCAUAGCCGGAGAAAUCGACCUUUCCCGCGAUGAAGACAGCGUCAUGUCCCUAGCCGUCGGCCCGCACAAGGGCAAGACGACAUACCUCUACGCCGGCGUGAACUCGAGCCACGACAGCAUCGCAAAGGGCAAGAACGAGCACCUCCGAACCCUUGCCAUCGAGCAGUCCAAGGCUCGCGCCGCGGCCGGGACUAAGAUUCCCGACUCCAACAUCUCUGAGCUGUCGCGCGCCGCGCUGUUUGAGAAUCCUGAUGCCGAUAUGUAUCAACGCCUGCUGCGAGUCGCGGGGCCGGUGGGCGCUGCCGCUACUGCGAUGGGCAAGGAACAUCAAUUGGCUGUUUUUGAAGCGUCUGGCGCUGCUACCAAGCUGCGCGGUGUCUUGGAGCUGCCAAAGGAGGCCGAAGAUCUGGAUAUUGUGCAGACCGGAGACAACGAGUUCCAGGUCGCAUACUGUUACAAGUACGAGCUGUAUCUUGUCAAAAUCGGCGCGAAGGAGAGCAGCGAUCCGGAAUUGGUCUAUACGAUGCCCGACGACCAUGGCGAGCGACCCGUGUUCCGGUCAAUUCGUUAUUUGAGCCCCAAUUUCCUCGUGGCUGCUGCCAACCUCCCCAAGCGAAGUGGUGUUGUAGUUCAGGGAUACAGACUGCCCUACGCAGGCCACAAGGGCGCCCGGUUGGCUGUCAACGCCCGAAUACCAAGAAAGAUCUCUGCGACUGCUUUGGCCGUUGCUAACCUAUCUCCUCCUGCCUCGCCCGGAGCCCCAGUCGGCGAAGCGCAAUUCAUUAUCGCAGUCGCAGGCCAUGACUCGUCACUCUCGCUCUACACGGUUGACGUCACGACGGGUGCUUCCAUAGAACUCCUGUCCAAGCUCUGGCCCCUGUAUACGCUCAAGGAUGUCCAUGGUACCGACAACAUCACCGGUCUUGCUUUCUCGGCCUUUGUCCCUCCCAAGACCCAUAUCCGCCAGCAGUUCAUCAAGCUCGCCAGCAUCUCCCUCCAAAAGACGGUCGCUGUCCACAGUAUUCCCUUGCGGAAACACGUUGACAAGGCCCCGCGGAACAAGAAGGGACCUCCUCGCCAAACCCGUUAUGUUACUGCCAUGAAGUCGCGUGGCCCAUCUUUCCGCCCAGUUGCCAUUGCCCUGGCCAUCAUCGUGCUCAUCCUUGCCGUCAUCGGCCAGUCUAUCCUGGAAGUAUAUGGCAUCAACCGCCCCAUCCUUCACGCGGAGAAGUUCCUCCCCUCAUGGCAUGGUACUCUCCGGGAUCCUGAGCAUCCACCGGCUGCCUUCCUAGCCGACGACUUCUUGGCCAAGCUUGCCGGCCGAGAUGCCCUAAAGACCGAGGCUGGUGAGACCCUAGUGGUGUACGAGGGCGAAGCGCCUCCCGCAACUGCUGAAGGGGAUGAUAAUUCUGUGCCAAAACUUCAGCUGGAUGUCCACGAGCCGUCCGUCCACGGACCCGGCAAGAAGUGGGAGGAGCUGGGCGAGAAGCAAAAGGAGGCGUGGAAGGCCCGUCUUAAGGAGGCUGGUGCAUGGACGCAGGGCAUGGGCGAGAAUGUGUUCAAGGGCAUCCUGUUUGGCGAGCUCGCUGGCGCAGUCGGCCGUGCUGUCGGUGGCUAA